CCCGGAGCUCGCGCUGCUGCUAUCGGACAUUUAAAUGAAGACAAGAUAAGAUUACAAAAUAGAACAGAUCUUGGAAGGAUGUAGAAUAACAAUGUAUUUGUUAUCGGUGUGCAAGGUUAAUGAUUAGUUAAUUGAUCAGUGACCAGUAGUGAGUGAGGAGCGACAUGCGUGCGUCGGGGACGUUGUGGCUGGCAUUGCUGCUGGCAGGCAUAAAUGGAUCUGAUAUAGAACCCCAACUUUUCGAGGAAGGACAUUUUGUAGAAAUUACUGUAAUUACAUUUCCAAAUACGGCAUCAACAUGCUACCUUGUAACUCCAUCGAACACCAACAUUGAUUUACUGGCAAGUGAAACACUUUCUGAUAAAUAUGAGUACCUUACUAAUAGUCUCUCUACGUGUAGAGUAAGGAUAAAUGAUCUAGAUGAAAAUGAUGAAGGGUUAUGGUCUCUGCAUGCUGGUAUACCGUCUGAAGAUGGAGAGGUGAACGAAUUAAAGGAACAAGUUUACAUAACAAUAAGAGGAAGCGAUGCAUCUAAGGAAACUGUCAACUCGGAAGAAACAGUUAUUUCUGAAGAAAAUUCUAAACUAUCAGCAGAGGAGACUGCCACUUCAGAAGAGACUUCUGAUGAUCAUAAUGAUGCUUCAUCGGAAAAUUCGGAAGCAACGUCACAAGAAUCUUCAGAAGCCUCAAGUUCUGAAGAAGAAAAGGUUGUUGAAACACAAUGGCUGAGCGACCUACAAUUUAGAACGAGAACUGGGUUAGAUGUUGACAUAAACUUACCAAGGACCAUGAAUUCUGAAACAUGUACAUUGACGAAACCAGACGGUACGACCGUAGAUGUUGGAGACGAAAUAGCUGGAGUUACGGCACACAGCAGUUCCCACUACGUCUCGUGCAGGGUAGUAGUUGGGCCUAUGGAUUCUUCGCUGCUCGGAAAAUGGACUCUUUGUGGAUCCUACGAGGAAAACAACAUAGAACACAGACGUUGCCAGAAUGCUGAAAUCAUUUGGAGAAGUACUGCAAACCCUGACUCCAUGUGGCAGACGACAAUCAGUGCUAUAUUUAAUCACGUAGUCAACUUUGGCGGCACCAUGACUCCUGCUGUGCGCGGCUCUGGCUCGGUAGUCUCCUGCCAUUUGGUGACUCCUAAUGACGAGGACUUGUUCGUUACCCGGGACAGGGAGUACCCCGACGUCCAGUUGGCUCAGGACACAGAUUCUACCUGCAGUAUCGCUAUCGGGCCGUUAGCUGAAGCGCAUUUGGCAAAUUGGACCGUCUACGGGACCUUUGAUUCCGCUUUGUGGGGAUACAAUGAAGUUCGUCAGCCUAUUAAUAUGGAAUUAUACGAUGAAAACAACCCAUACGAUCAAGCAUACAACGUAACAACAUUGAACCCCACUCAGCAUGUAGUCAACUUAGGCAGCACUAUCUUCUUGGAGGUGGCAGGCACUGGUGACGUCGACGUCUGCCAGUUCACCAUGCCAACCGGACUGUCGUACUGGUCAUCAGGAUCCAUGCCGACUGGAGCAUACUUCGUUGAUCUCAACUGGGUAGCUUGCAGGCUAUCCGUUGGACCUAUAACAGACAAUAUGAUCGGAGACUGGCAACUUAUCGGGAAGUUCAGUAAUCGCGGUGUACAUACAGAGAACAGACUUUCGUUUACUAUCAUACAAGAAGAUCCAAGCAACCCCAUAGAAGAAGAUAGAACAGUAGAAAAUCUCAACGAACAAUUCCUUGACACGAGCAUUGGUGCAAGCCACCGAGUUACAAUAGCUUCAGAAAUCUUCACAACCUUCCAAAGUUGCCACAUUAGAACUCCAGAAGGACUCCAGUACACUAUCAUGGAAGGCUUCCAUAUCCCUGGAGUUGAAGUGGUGACGUCAUCUAGUAUCAGUUGUGGUGUUACAAUUGAAGUGUCGGAGGAUCUGAUCGGAACUUGGACUCUCAUAUCCCGGGAAAUUAGAAGCUCCGUGGCCAUUGAAAAGCGUCUGCCAUUCAUUAUUUACGUGGAAGAGCCUGCAGAAGCCGUAAUUAAUGAAAUAACCAUCACAGAAGGCAAUUCCAUCCACGUCCGUUUGGCCAACCCCACUGAGCUCUACGACACUUGCAGGUUAAAGGACCCUAAUGAUGAAGAGCCCGCGUUGUUUAGUCUCGACGACGACCAUAGGGACACUUGUGGGUUCGUGGUGCCCUCGGUGGACGCCAACCAUAGUGGCACCUGGAACAUCGUUUAUGGGAAAACGAUUAUCUAUAAAGCCCCUGUGAUGGUGUAUGUUAAUGGUAAGUAUCUUGAAUACGUGGUGAAAAAGAUAAAACAAGAGAUGGAAUUCAAUUAA